AAAUAUAUUUAAUAAUUGCUUCAUACAAAUACAAUACAAUCCCUCUCUUUCUCUCUCCUCUCUCCACAACGCCAAAACCCUAAAACACCUGUUUCCCCACACAAGUUUAAUGGAGGACGAUGGAUUGAAUAUGCGAAAUUGGGGAUAUUACGAACCUUCAUUUAGGGAACAUCUCGGAUUGCAAUUAAUGUCUCCAAUUCCAGACACCAAACCUUUCCUUUCUACACGUGAAAAUUCAAUCAUGAUGAACCCUAAUCCCACAACAAACCACGACCAUAUUCCCAAUUAUCCCCCUUCGGAUCCCUCGAUUCCAAUUCACUACAUGAGAGAUAACUGGAUACAAAGAGAAAGAUUCCUCCAUAUCCUCCCCGGAAACCACAACUUUCCGGUCAUCCCCACCGCUUCAACCUCCCUCGUCAUGCCAUCAUUACACAUUGCGCCACCACCACCACUCGAUCUGUCAAAAGAUACAGUCACGACCAUGGAAGACAGUGUAGUCGACAGAAAAGACAGUGUCAAUGUCAAUGGCGGUGAUGGUGAUCGUGGUGGUUCGGUGAAGAAAAGAGGCAGCACCACCACCACCGCCGCCGCCGCCGGAAAACCUCCAAGAGCAAAGAAACAAAAGAAGACUCCUUCUACACCAAAAGAAAACGGUAACUCUUCUUCUCAACGUCCAAAAACAAUGAAAAGAAGCAUGGAUGUGGUCAUAAACGGAAUAGACAUGGACAUAUCUGGGAUUCCGAUACCUGUGUGUUCAUGCACCGGAGCUUCACAACAAUGUUACCGGUGGGGCUCCGGUGGGUGGCAGUCCGCCUGUUGCACCACCACCAUCUCCAUGCAUCCACUUCCGAUGAGCACCAAACGCCGUGGGGCAAGGAUUGCCGGGAGGAAGAUGAGUCGAGGGGCAUUCAAGAAAGUCCUCGAAAAGUUAGCGUCUGAAGGGUAUAAUUUUGCAAAUGCGAUUGAUUUAAGAACUUUUUGGGCAAAACAUGGAACUAAUAAAUUUGUCACCAUUAGGUAGGUGUAACUAAAUUAGUAUAUAUUUAUUAUUAUUUUUUAUUUUUUGAGGUUUUUAGACAUUUUUGAGGGCAAGAAGUUUACUUUGGAUUAUGAACUUGGUUUAUUUUUUUUUUUAUUAAAAAUUGAUUCUUUUUUAGUAUCUUGGUUGCAAAUAAACAAGUCUAUGAUGUUAUUUUUGUAAUAUGUAGAAAAUGUAGUAACCUGAUAUUGUUUGUAUGAAAAAUGAAAAAAAAUAUGAAUGAUAGUUUAUGUACUGUUUUA